AUGGCCGCCGCCGCGCCCUCGCCGCGUAGUACGGACAUGCCGGCGGCAGCGGAUCUCCUGCCUCCCCCGCCGCCGCCGCUCCCGGCGACCGCGCGACGCCCGCGCAGGCGGACCAGGGAGGUCAGCUCCAGGUACCUCUCCACCCCGGGCCCCGUCCCCUCCUCCCCGCGGUUCUCCACCUCCUCCUCGCGGACCCCCUCCCCAACCCCGUCCCCGCGGGCCCACCGCCCCCGCGCCGCCACCCCUUUCGCCAACGAGAACCACCCGCCGCCGCCGCUGCUCCCGCAUGGGGCUCUCCCCCCGCCCACGGUGGCGCGGAGGCGCGCCGUGCAGAAGCUGUUCGACGAGGGGGGUGCUGGUGGGGGGGCCGCUGCCAACCCGCGCGCGUCCGUGUCUGCCUCUUCGGCGGCUGCGGGGACGCCACGGCCCCUGCCACGGUCGACGAGCGGGCCAGCGGGAGUGUCGACCGCGCGGAGGGGGUACCCGCGCCUGCCGACGCCCGCGCGGGCCGCCUCCUGCCCGUCCUCCUCCGCGGCCGCCUCCGCUGCGGAUGACGCCGCGUCGUGCUGCUCGUCCGACACGGCGUCCACCUUCACCGACUUCUCCGAGGUCGAUGGGAUCGCGCUGCCCGCCGCGCCCUGCGAGAGCCCGCCGCUGCUCGGCCCAGCGUCCUGCCGUGUGGGUCGCCUGUCGUCGGAGCUCCGCUCGUCGGUGCCUGAAUCUGGUGCGUCAGCGAGGGCGUCCAACCCGCUGUGCUACCGCUCCCUCAAUUCGGCCCUGUCGGGUUGCCCAGCGCCGUCGGGGAAGGUGGUCAGUGCAAAGAGACCGCCACAGCCGCAUGGGGUGAAGGGAGCCGAAUCGAAGAAGGCGGCAGUAAUUGGAGGGAGAAAGGUCCCCGGGAAGCAGGAGGACGUGCACCAGCUCCGGAUGCUGGACAACUGCCACAUCCAGUACAGGUUCUUGAACGCUCGGGCAGCGGCCGUGGCCAGGGCCAAGACCUCUGCAGCACAGAAAUCCCUCUUCGGGCUUGCGGAGAGGAUCACUGGGCUGCGGGAAUCUGUCACUGAGAAGAGGGUGGAGGUGGAGAGGAUCAGGAGGGAGCAGACAUUAUGCUCCGUUGUUGAUGAUCAGGUACCGUACCUAGAUCAGUGGUGUGAUCUGGAAGGAGAUCAUUCAAGCUGUCUUACUGGGGUAACAUCAGCGCUGUAUAAUGCUUCACUAAGACUACCUGUCAUUGGGAAUGUUAGGGCAAAUAGCGAGGAAAUCACAGAAGUUCUCAACUCUGCUGUACAACUGCUGGAACCACUGUCUCCUUGUGUUCAAACUUUUCUACCAAAGGUUCAGGAAGUUGAUGACGUGGCUGCUAAGCUUGCUCAAGUUAUUGCUAGUGAAAGAUCUUUGAUUGAGGAGUGUGGAAAUCUCCUAUAUCAAGCUCAGCAUAUGCAGAUGAGAGAGUACAGCUUGAGGAGCCAACUCAUGCAACUGAAACAGCAAAUAGAAGCAACAUGAAAUAGGAGUUUAUAAACAAACACGGCACCAACUCAUUUGUUUGACAGGCAGGCAGAACACAAAUUGUGCUCGGCACCACUGGAAGUGAAAGAUAGGUGGCCUGAUCAUACAACGCAGAAGCAUCCUUCUGCAGACUAGGAAUCGGCGAUUCUUUGCGGUACAUAUGUUGUUUUGUGUUGUUGGGUCAUUCGUUUCUGUUAUCAUAGAAGCAUCUUCUUGUUGUGAUUGAAAGAACUGUCAGAAUUGUGGUUCUGCAAAUCAAAAUUUUGUGCAUUCUUUGUUGUAUAUAUACUCUGGUCAAAUAAUUUUUAACUUUAUUUGCUUCCGGAAAAUUUCAGA